CGAAUAUGGGUACCGCUAUUCGGAGAGUACCACAAACCGUACCUUUGGAUUCUUCGAUACUGACCGCGUAGCAGUCUUACUUCAGUGGUACUAGUGCAAGUUCAAGUGCAUCGCGCGGAUAGAUAGUUUAAAGAAACAGUGAAAAUGAAGUGUUUUGGACCAUUAGGUCUUAUAGUGAUUUCACUGUCACUAUGUUCAUCGCUUCCUCCAGAUGUAACAACAGCCAGAUCACCCCCGAUUGGAGACACCAUCAGACAGUUGACCGAUCAAUUGAUGGAACUCAAUGCUACUUCCACGGGAGUUAUGACCUUUGAUACCAGAACACCACCCAAAGUCAAACAACAGCAAAAACAAAAGAAAAAGGAAUCAGUCGAAAACUCACACGCUGGAGUUGCUAUACCAGUUGAUGUAGAUGAAGUAGAGUUGGAAGCAACGACGAAAAAAAUGAAUUUUUAUAAAAUAGAGAGACCUACAACUAACAGCGGCCUAUCAACAUGGAUAUUACUAAGUGGACAAAGUAGUACUACCAAGGCGCCUAAGAAACCAAUUAUUAAACCAGCUGAAGAUAGACCUAAUAAAAAUUUAACAGUUGUUGUUACUGAUGUUCCUCCUAGAAUUGUAAAACCAAUAUUCAAAAAACGAACCACAACAAGAAAACCAACUACAUCUAAAAAUGCGACACUAAGUUCAGAAACUGUAUCUACAACAACACCAAUGUCCACAACUACCACUGACAAACUAACGAAAGUAAAAGCUUCCGUUCUAAAUACUGCAAUUAGCAAAAAGAACAACACUACAAUAAUUAAAAAACAUCCCGUCUAUAACGGUACAGAAAAAACACAAAUUCAGAUUAAUAAAACGCAGCCUGUUGUAUUAAAUAAAAAUAGCACAGUCUCUGAUAUAAAACUAAUCGAUUCUAAUGAUCUUCCCAUGGAAGCUAAAGAUGGGGAGACAGAUAUCUCUAACACAACUGAAGGCCACAAGAAAGUUAACAAGAAAAAGAAAAACAAAAAUAGAAGACGUAAACCGAGCAACGAAAAAGUAGCGAACAAUACGAAUACGAAAGUAGUUAAACAUAAACCGACAAAAGAAAAACCUAUUGGGACGCAACUGUAUAAUUAUUUAUCCAGGGAAAUUAUACCAACUGUUGGUGUUGGCAUGGUUGGCUUGUUAGUGACUGCUGGAUUAGCAAGCUACUUCUUGUAUCCAUUUGGUGCCGCCAGAAGAUCUUAUGAAGUUGACCGAAGAGACAAAGAAGGAGCCUAUUAUUACAAUGAUCGUUAUUCGGGGGGAAUUGCUGAAGAGGAAGCCAUUGGCAAAGUAAUUGCAGGAAUGCCUGCAAAUGCUCUUUACGGUAACAGUUAUAAGUCACCUACAUCUAGAAACUCGUAUCCUGGCGUAAGAUAUCGUCAAGUAGACAGAAGAUCACAGGUACAAGUGGCAGCUAUUCAAGAGAAAAUUGAAGCAGUGCAAUUGACAACUAGAAAACCACAAAUGUAUGAAAACUCAUAUGCAAUACCACCAAAUUAUCAAAGCGAAUCGUAUCAACCAGUAACAUAUAAUUUGAAUGACAAUUCAAAGUACGAAGAUAAUAAAUUUGUAGUCGGAAGCAUACCAAAGGAAUUAGAGGAAGUUACGCCAGUUACAGUGCCCGAACACGGACCUAGAAGUUUAAAAAUACGAAGGAAACGAAGUAAAGAUAUAAAUGACAUUGAAAAUGAAAUUAAUUCAAGUUUUGAGGACCAAAGGACAACAGAGGAGUCUACAACAGUUCAAGAGACUACUGUAUCCCAGACUACAGUUAAACAUGAAGAAAUUCCAACUACUGCAGCUCCACACAAACCAGUAACAACUGAAAAGUCUCCAUCUACUGAAGCUCCACAAGUACCAAGUACAACUGAAAAGUAUCCGGAUAAAGUUACUUCAUUUUUCGAUUUGUUGAAAGAUGUUUUUCAUAUGAAGGUACAUUUAGGAUUACAACUUAUAAGAAACGCUACAGACACAGUAAAUACUUACGUGACGAAGGUUCAACGCAGAUUUGAUGAACACUAUAAAAAUUAUACCGAAAGCAGAAAUAAGCACAUGCAUCAUUAAUAACAUGACUAUUGGUAAAGGAAAAUACAUCAAUUUUAGGUUAAAUCUAUUGAAACUAAUGAAUGUUUUUAUUUACCAUAUAUAAUGACAUAAAAGUCAUUGAAUCAGUUUAAGAAAAUUUCUUAUGUACCGCGGAAAAUACAUUAGAAUAAUAAAUUUCUAUUGUGUAUUUUCAGUGGUACGUAAAUUUGCAAUGGGAAGGAUUUUGGAAAUAAAGGAAACCAAAAAUAUUUAAUUAAGUUUAGGUUAAUAUUAGUUUUGUAAAAUAAGACUGUAUAUUAUUUAUGUAUUAAAUAAAAUUAUAAUAAAAAUGU